UAACUUUUGUAUUCUCCCUUAUUACUAUUCCCAAUUUGAAUUCUUCUAUAGUUCUUCGCGAUAUUUAUUUUGGUAAAAGAUGGAACUUUGGAUCCAACAACGGCUCGAAAACUGUUUCUGCCGGUAUUAAAUUACGUCAGGGACAUUCCACUCCCGUCACCGGUUGUAUCAUUGAGGUGAGAGAAAAAUCAUCAACGGUCGACUUUAAUUAUUUUCUCAGCUGUGCUGAAUGCUCCAUUAAACCUGUCAUAUGAAAAUACCAAUUCCACCAGAACCCUUGCUACCAAUUAUUUAUGGAUGCCCUCUUUCUCUAAGUCUUCAACCUACUUAACUUCUUUUCACUCUAUCUGCAAUUAUUAACGUAGUGUCUUUGUCCACAACAUGUGUGCCACUUGGAGGUUUCCCAGCCAGAAACAAACAUUCUGAGUGUUCUGCAAAAAAUAAAUCUACAUUGUAUAUUUUCUCCACCUGUAAACAAAGUCCCAUGAGAUGGGUAAUCAUAAGACAAAAAAUUGAACCAUAAUAGAUUAUAUCCACAGACAUAAGUUUUGAGGAAUUCCUCCAGCGUUAAUAUGGAGGAUGGUAAUCACUCAGACACUUCUAACACAAAUGUUUCCGAUGAUACAGAUUCAGUUAAACAGACAUCCAAUGUGCGGAAACAAUUAUCUUGUGGUAAGAAAACUUUAUCUCAAAAAGAAAAGUCGUCAAAGGGAAAUAUUAAUUGUGAGAUAUGUGGAAAAUCUUUUGUGAAUUCCAGUAAUUUAACAAAACACAGACGAUUACACACGGGGGAAAAACCGUUUCAGUGUGAAAUUUGUGGAAAAUCAUUGAAUCAGAAAUAUCACCUUAUUGUCCACAAACGUAGUCACACUGGAGAAAAACCCUAUCACUGUGAUAUAUGUGGAAAAUCAUUUGUCGAUUAUACUUAUUUAACAAGUCACAAACGAAUUCACACGGGAGAAAGAUCUUUUGUGUGUCAGAUAUGUGGAAAGUCCUUUACGCAUAAUUCUCGCCUUGUUGCCCAUGUUCGAAGUCACACGGGAGAAAAACCUUUCCGCUGUGAAACGUGUGGAAAAUCCUUUGUCAGUAAUAGUUCUUUAAGAAGUCACAGCAGAAUCCAUACAGGGGAAAAACCGUAUCAGUGUGUUAUCUGUGGAAAAUCAUUUAUUAGUAAUAGCGCCUUAAAAAUCCACAGGAGAAUUCACACGGGGGAACGACCUUAUUGCUGUGAUAUAUGUGGAAAAUCUUUCGUCAAUAGCAGUUGUCUAACAAUUCACAAACGAAUUCACACGGGGGAAAAGCCUUAUCACUGUGAAAUCUGCGGAAAAUCCUUCAUUAAUAGCUCAAAACUUGUUAUCCACGUACAUAGCCACACCGGGGAAAAACCUCACCGCUGUGAAAUCUGCGGAAAAUCAUUUAUUAGGAAUUCCCGUCUUCUGCUUCACAAAAGAGUUCACACAGGUGAGAAGCCUUAUUUUUGUGAAACGUGCGGAAAAUCUUUUAUUAAUAAUUCACAUCUCAUUGGUCACAGAAGAAUACAUACAGGGGAAAAACCAUUCCCUUGUGAAAUAUGUGGAAAAUCUUUCUAUUCUGGGAGUAAUUUAAGAAGACAUAAUAUUAUACAUACUGAGAAAAAAGAAUUCCACUGUGAAAUUUGUGGAAAAUCUUAUUUUAAUAAUUGUGAUUUAAAAAGACACAAACGAAUUCACGAUGGUGAAAAAACGUUCCACUGCGAAAUUUGCGGAAAAUCUUUCUUCGAUAAUUGUAAUCUUAUUGUCCAUGUUCGUAGUCACACUGGAGAAAGGCCUUGUUCCUGUGAAAUUUGCGGUAAAUCUUUUAUUUGUAAAAGUCACUUGAAUAGCCACAAACGAACACACAGCAAAGGAAAAUCUUUGAAUUGCGAUUCGAAAGCCAAGUUAACUUUUGUAUUCUCCCUUAUUGUUAUUCCCAAUUUGAAUCCUGCUUUAUUUCUUCGCGAUAUUUAUUUUGGUAAAAGAUGGAACUUUGGAUCUCACAACGGCUUGGAAACUGUUUCUGCCGUAUCAGUUUUCAAGAAUUCCUCCAGCGUUGAUAUGGAGGAUGGUAAUCACUCAGAUGUUUCUAACACAAAUGUUUCCGAUGAUACAGAUUCAGUUAAACAGACAUCCAACGUGCAGAAACAAUUAUCUUGUGGUAAGAAAACUUUAUCUCAAAAAGAAAAGUCGUCAAAGGGAAAUAUUAAUUGUGAGAUAUGUGGAAAAUCUUUUGCGAAUUCCAGUAAUUUAACAAAACAUAAAAGGUUACACACUGGGGAAAAACCAUUUCAAUGUGAGAUUUGUGGAAAGUCAUUUAAUCAGAAAUACCAACUUAUUGUCCACAAACGUAGUCACACUGGAGAAAAACCCUAUCACUGUGAUAUAUGUGGAAAAUCUUUUGUUGAUUCCACUAAUUUAACAACUCACAAACGAAUUCACACGGGAGAAAGAUCUUUUGUGUGUCAGAUAUGUGGAAAAUCGUAUACUCAUAAUUCUCGCCUUGUCGACCAUGUACGAAGCCACACGGGAGAAAAACCUUUCCGCUGUGAAACGUGUGGAAAAUCAUUUGUCAGUAAUAGUGCUUUAAACAGUCACAGAAAAAUCCACACAGGGGAAAAACCGUAUCAGUGUGUUAUCUGUGGAAAAUCAUUUAUUAAUAAUAGUGCCUUAAAAAUUCACAGAAGAAUUCACACGGGGGAGAGACCUUAUUGCUGUGAUAUAUGUGGAAAAUCGUAUCUCCAUAAUGAUUGUUUGAUAAAUCACAAACGAAUUCACACUGGAGAAAAGCCCUUCCACUGUGAAAUCUGCGGAAAAUCAUUUAUUAGGAAAGCUUGUCUUCUAGUUCACAAAAGAGUUCACACAGGAGACAAACCUUAUUAUUGUGAAACGUGUGGAAAAUCUUUUAUUAAUCUCUCAAAUCUCAUUUUUCAUAGACGAAUUCAUACAGGAGAAAAACCGUUCCCAUGUGAAGUAUGUGGAAAAUCUUUCCGUUCUGGGAGUAAUUUAAGAAGACACAGUAUAGUACAUAAUGACAAAAAAGAAUUCCACUGCGAAGUAUGUGGAAAAUCUUACUCUGAUAAUUAUGAUUUAAAAAGACACAAAAGAUUUCAUGAUGAAGAAAAAACGUUCCACUGUGAAAUUUGCGGGAAAUCCUUCUUCAAUAAGUGUCAUCUUAAAGUCCAUGUUCGUAGUCACACAGGAGAAAGGCCUUGUUCGUGUGAAAUAUGCGGUAAAUCUUUUAUUUGUAAAAGUCACUUGAAUAGCCACAAACGAACACACAGCAAAGGAAAAUCUUUGAAUUGUGAUUCAUAAGAAAUACUUUCUUUGUAACACUUAGUAUUCAUUGGAGAUUUAUUAUGGUGAAUUACUUUGGAAUUGUUUCUCUUUGAAAACUUGUAUUGCAGUUUACAAUGUACCUUGAUAUGUGAGACACUCUUUUACAAAAACAGUUGGGAAUUAUAAACUUGUGUGUGAAAAGAUACGGAGGAAAUAAAAGCGUUAUUCUAAAUAUGUAAA